GAGGCUGGUGGCACCAUUGGUUGGAAGAGUGUUCUGGGAUCUUUGUCUUCCUCGGGCUCCUGAGCAUCAUGCCUUGUUUCAAGCAGCCUACACACUUCCAGAGUCUGCUACUUCUGCAGUGGCCCUUGAGCUACCUUGCCAUAGUUUUUAUCUUGCAGCCUUUGUUCAUUUACUUGCUGUUUACAUCCUUGUGGCCGCUGCCAGUGCUUUACUUUGCCUGGUUUUUCUUGGACCGGAAGACCCCAGAUCAAGGUGGCAGGCGUUCAGGCUGGGUAAGGAACUUGUGUAUCUGGACCCACCUCAGGGACUAUUUCCCCAUUACGAUCCUGAAGACUAAAGACCUGUCACCUGAGCACAACUACAUCGUGGGGGUUCACCCUCAUGGCCUCUUGACCUUUGGACCCUUCUGCAACUUCUGCACUGAAGCCACAGGCUUCUCGAAGAUCUUCCCAGGCAUCACUCCCCACUUGGCCACACUGUCCUGGUUCUUCAGGAUCCCCUUUGUUAGGGAGUACCUCAUGGCCAAAGGUGUGUGCUCCGUGAGUCAGCCAGCUAUCGACUACCUGCUAAGCCAUGGCACUGGCAACCUUGUGGGCAUCGUAGUAGGAGGGGUGGGAGAGGCCCUGCAAAGUGUGCCCAACACCACCACCCUCAUCCUCCAGAAGCGCAAGGGGUUUGUGCGCACAGCCCUCCAGCAUGGGGCUCAUCUGGUCCCCACCUUCACUUUUGGAGAAACUGAGGUAUAUGAUCAGGUGCAAUUCCAUAAGGACAGCUGGAUGUACAAGUUCCAGAGCUCCUUCCGCAGAAUCUUUGGUUUCUAUUUUUGUGUCUUCUAUGGAAGAGGCUUCUGCCAAGGCUCCUAUGGGCUCCUGCCAUACUCGCUGCCUAUCGUCACUGUGGUUGGGGAGCCUCUGCCACUGCCCAAAAUUGAAAAACCAAGCCAGGAAAUGGUGGACAAAUACCAUGCACUCUAUAUGGAUGCCCUGUGCAAACUGUUUGACCAGCAUAAGACCCAAUGUGGCUGCUCAGAGACCCAAAAGCUGAUUUUCCUGUGACUGAAUGGGCUUGCGUGCCCAAGAGCAUGUACCUUGAAGAGGAGACUCAUUUGCUGCUAACCAAGAGGGGGAGAAAAGGAGAUAAGGGAAGGCUAUGUGUGGUAGGGGAGGACAUUAGGAAUUCCUUCCUUGCCACAAAGCCCUCAUAGUUGCUGUCCUAAGAAGCUUCACUCAGUCACUCCACAAAAAGGGGGCAUCCUGAGGCCCCUCAGGCCCAGCCAUGGG